UUCAGACAUUGGAGGAUUUAAUCAGAUUAUGUGUACUAGAUUUUGGUGGUAAAUGGGAGACACAUUCCAUUGAUUGAAUUUGCCUAUAACAAUAGCUUCCAGGCAAGUAUUGGUAUGGCACCCUAUGAAGCUUUAUAUGGAAGGAGGUGUAAAACUCCUUUAUGUUGGGCUGAGGCAGGAGAGAAAGAUCAUUGGAGCUGAUUUAGUAGAUGAUGCUACUAAAAAGAUAAGACGGAUUCGUGAUAGAUUGAAGGCUGUGCAAGAUAGACAGAAGAAGUACUAUGAUGCCAAACAUAGAUUUGUUGAGUUUGAGGUUGGAGAGUUUGUAUUCCUCAAGGUUAGUCCUAUGAAGGGUGUAAAGAGAUUUGGCAAUAUUGGGAAAUUGAGUUCAAGGUAUGUUGGCCCUUUUGAGAUUUCAGAGAGAGUUGGUAGUGUGGCUUACAGAUUGAUUUUGUCAUCUCACAUGAGUGGAGUACAUAAUGUAUUCCACAUCUCUUCCCUGAAGAAAUACAUUUCAGAUGAAGCCCUGAAGAUAAGUACUGAAGUAAUAGACAUCCAACCAGAUCUGACAUUUGUAGAAGAACUUGAGAAGAUCAUAGAUUAUGAUGUUAAGCAGCUUCGUAGUAGAGAGAUUCCUUAUGUCAAAGUUAUGUGGAAGCAUGGAAGAAAGAUGCUACUUGGGAGAAGGAAUCAGAAAAUGAGGGAGAGCUACCCUCACUUAUUUGUCUAA